GGAGAAUUGCUUCCAUUCUUGUACAAAACUAUAGAGCAGAGAGAGAAGGCUGAUCUAAUCUGUGUUUCUGUACAUAUUUUCCCACUAUAUUUUCCCGUGAUCCAAUCAGCCUUUGCUCGCAAGAAAAUCCACAAUGUCUUCGACAUUCAGCGGAGAUGAAACCGCUCCUUUCUUCGGCUUCCUCGGCGCUGCUGCUGCCCUUGUUUUCUCCUGUAUGGGAGCUGCAUAUGGAACAGCGAAGAGUGGUGUUGGUGUUGCAUCGAUGGGUGUGAUGAGGCCAGAGCUGGUGAUGAAGUCGAUCGUUCCUGUUGUUAUGGCUGGUGUGUUGGGUAUUUAUGGCUUGAUCAUUGCUGUUAUCAUCAGUACUGGUAUUAACCCUAAGGCCAAGUCGUAUUACCUCUUUGAUGGUUAUGCUCAUCUUUCCUCUGGUCUCGCUUGUGGUCUCGCUGGCCUCUCUGCUGGAAUGGCAAUUGGGAUCGUCGGUGAUGCUGGUGUUAGGUAUUGAUUUCUUGUUGGAUUG